AUGUCCCGAAAGCAGGCGGCGAAGAGUCGGCCGGGCAGCAGCAGCCGGAAAGCCGAAGCCGAACGCAAGCGGGACGAGCGGGCGGCGCGGCGGGCCCUGGCCAAGGAGCGGCGGAACCGGCCCGAGCCUGGGGGCGGCGGCGGCUGCGAGGAAGAGUUCGUCAGCUUCGCCAACCAGCUGCAGGCCCUGGGGCUGAAGCUGCGGGAGGUGCCGGGGGACGGCAACUGCCUGUUCAGAGCCCUUGGUGACCAAUUGGAGGGACACUCACGUAAUCACCUCAGGCACCGACAGGAGACCGUGGACUACAUGGUCAAGCAGCGGGGUGAUUUUGAGCCCUUUGUGGAAGAUGACAUCCCUUUUGAGAAACACGUGGCCAGCUUGGCAAAGCCUGGUACUUUUGCUGGCAAUGAUGCAAUUGUAGCCUUUGCAAGAAAUCAUCAAUUGAAUGUGGUGAUUCAUCAGCUUAAUGCUCCUUUGUGGCAGAUUCGUGGUACAGAUAAAAGCAACGUACGGGAGUUACACAUUGCAUAUCGAUAUGGAGAACAUUAUGAUAGUGUCCGGAGGAUCAAUGACAACUCAGAAGCACCUGCGCAUCUCCAGACUGAUUUUCAAAUACUUCAUCAGGAUGACUCAAAUAAAAGAGAAAAGAUUAAGGCAAAGGGAGUUGACUUUGAAGAUGACCUGAGAGAUGAAGUAGAAGAUGCUGUCCAGAAAGUUUGUAAUGCAACUGGAUGUUCAGAUUUUAAUUUAAUAGUCCAGAACUUGGAAGCUGAAAAUUACAAUAUUGACUCAGCCAUACUUGCCAUGCUUCAGAUGAACCAGGGGAAAAGAAAUAAUGCAGAAGAGAACUCCGAGACCAACAGCCACGUCCUGAAGCAGUGUGGCCCUUUAUGGGAAGAGGGUGGCAGUGGUACCAGAAUCUUUGGAAAUGAGGGCUUAAACGAAGGCAGGACUGAAAAUAAUAAGGCACAGGCCAGCCCUAGUGAAGAGAACAAAGCAAAUAAAAACCAACUCCCAAAGGCCACAAACAAACAGAAGAGGGAGCAGCAGCGACUGGAGAAGAAGAAACGACAGGAGGAAAGGCACCGUCAGAAAGCUCUGGAGAGCAAGAAUAGCCACAGGGACAAUAACAGAAGUGAAACGGAUGUGAAUACGCAGGUCACCUUGGUGAAGACCUUCGCUGCUCUCAACAUCUGA